CCUGGGUCUCUUGCACAACUUUACAGCCUGCUGCCUUCCAAGACUUCCCUGUUUCAAAGCCACAGUCAGCAUGUCCAUGGCCUGUCCAAGUAAUUCCUUCCUUAAUCAUUUAUGGUCAUCCUACCAGCUCAAUGAUACAAUUAUUUAAUGUUUUUGUAAUUGAAGAUUUACAUUUUCUUGUUCAACGUAUUAUCUCAAAAUUACAAAGGUAGUUUUGUUAGGAGCCUUUAGGCUGUAGUAGCCUCCUUUUUAAGAAUGAAUAGCUGGAAAAAAAGAUAAUACUGUAAAGUACUUACAUACAUUGUAGGUCUUUUACAUGCAAGGUUAUAUGUGACAAUUAGAAAGUAUCAUGAAAUUAGACAGGAUUAUCUCUAAUUUAUAGGUGGGGAAGCUGAAGUUCAGAAAUAGAAACUUGCCCAAGGCUACAUAGUUUCAGUUUUGAGCAGCGCUAAGAGUCAGACCCAAUGUGCAUGCCUGGAGAGCCCUUCCCAACAUGUUAUAUUGUCUGUAGGUGGGGGAGUGAGCAAAAGAUGAGAGGCUUUACAAAAGUCCACCUAAAAAGUCAGUGAUCGAAUCAGGUUUAGGUAUCAUGAUUUGAUAAUAUAAAUGACUUGUGCCUCCCAAAACCCCUGAAAUAACACAUUGUCUAUUUCAUCAGAACUGCAGGAUUUUACACCCACAAGCAAGGAUUAGAUGGUUUAAGUGCACCCUGGAUAAUACAUAUUUUAUAUUCUGGUGUAAGACUAACAUAGAGGAGAUUCUAAAGCCCUAUCAAUGUACCAACCUAUUUUACUCUCUGGGUUUUAUAUUCUGAGAAUAGUUACCAGCUACCUCAAAACCUGAGGUCAUCAAAGCUCUCCUACAGUUGUCACUGGUUGGCCUCCACUUACUUUAAAGUGACUUUGAAGGCAGGACAGGCAGAAGAAAAGAACUGACUUUACCUGGCAUUGAUCUUGGAUCUAGGAAAGAGAAAUGCUUUGAAAACUAUAGGAACUCUGGAAGCUUAAAAGAUAUUAAUAUACCCUAGAGAGUUUGAGUUCUUUGGAAAAGCUUUAAUAGGUACAGCAGAAGAGAAUGUUGACCAGUGAGGGGAACUGAUGUGAAAUGGGAAUAAUUUUGAGUGACUAAAUUUCUGCCAACUCAAGUAUUCAUUUUGUGCCCUGUUCUAUCCUUUGUCUAAGAUCUGUAUACAGAAUCUUCCUGUGUGAGCUCAUCCUCUCCCUGAUUUCAAGUUUUCUCUAGCCCUAGCCUUGCUUUGGAUUUCCAGGCCCAGAUUCUGCACUGUCUUGAAUGAUUGCAUCAGCCUGUCUUUGUAUCAUCUCAAAUCCAACAUGGUCAAACCCAGGUCUGCACUUUAGAAAGCAUUAAAAAAAGAAGAAAAAAGCUUUUGCUUCCACAGCUUGUAUUUUUAUUAAGAAGGUUUGGAUCAUGUUAUCUCCAAAGUGGUAACUGAUUUAGAAGCUGGAAGGUGAAGGAAUGAUUGUGUAAUAAUCUAGAAGGUCUAUCAGGUAAAGUUUUUAGAAGACCAAUAUAUUGUGCCUUUUGUUUAACGUAGGCUUUUUUCUUGCAGGGCUCAAGGGAAAAGUUCCUACCCAGCAGUUCCAUCUUGUAGGCUGCAAAAUUAUUUGGGCCCUGAGCUCUAUGUACUCUUGUCAGAUCAUCUUUGGAAAAGAACAAAUCCAUUUAUUCUAUGUUAAAACAUGUGAAAUGGCCAGAUGCAGAUGAUUUGCUGUUUUUAAUGGAAAAAAGCAAGAACAAAACAGCAGUGCAUAGGUUCAACUUGAUGUAAACGCUCCUUAUAUUGCAUACGCUUCUGAGCUGGGACACUGGGGAGAGAACAGAUGCGAGGUUUCCACAGUAAGGGGAGGAGGGCGGCGGAGCAGAGCGCGUGAAAAGAGGUUCCUGCGCUAAGACACCGGGACGCCGGCUUCACUCUCCGCUUCAAUCCAGGCUGCCGCCGGCUUGGUCACGCCCCAAUUUGCAGCCGCCGUAAAGUGCGGCCUCGUGGCCCCGCCUCUUCCUGCGCCUCUUGUGACGCAGGCGCCCUGGGCUUUUUGCGCGGGAAAAGGAAGCUGUCCGGAGUUCUCCUCAGCGUCUUUGGGGUUUGCCGUUUUCGCUGAGGCAGCCGCCCGCUCGGCGCCGCUGCGGGCCAUGGGGCUUCUGGAGCUGUGCGAGGAAGUGUUCGGCACCGCCGACCUUUACCGAGUGUUGGGCGUGCGGCGCGAGGCCUCAGACGGCGAAGUCCGGCGCGGCUACCACAAAGUGUCCCUGCAGGUGCACCCGGACCGAGUGGGCGAGGGCGACAAGGAGGACGCCACCCGCCGCUUCCAGAUCCUCGGGAAGGUCUAUUCCGUUCUGAGUGACAAAGAGCAGAGAGCAAUGUACGAUGAGCAGGGAACGGUGGACGAGGAUUCUGUUGUGCUCAGCCAAGACCGGGACUGGGAGACCUAUUGGAGAUUACUCUUUAAAAAGAUAUCUCUAGAAGACAUUCAAGCUUUUGAAAAGACAUACAAAGGUUCUGAAGAAGAGCUGGCUGAUAUUAAACAGGCCUAUUUGGACUUCAAGGGUGACAUGGAUCAGAUCAUGGAGUCUGUGCUGUGUGUGCAGUACGCAGAGGAACCCAGGAUAAGGAAUAUUAUUCAACAAGCCAUUGAUGCCAGAGAAGUCCCAUCCUAUAACGCCUUUGUCAAAGAAUCGAAGCAAAAGAUGAGUGCAAGGAAAAGAAGGGCUCAGGAGGAGGCUAAAGAAGCAGAAAUGAGCAGGAAGGAGUUGGGACUUGAUGGAGGAGUAGAUGACUUGAAAGCAGUCAUUCAGUGUGGGCAGGACCUGUGACUUGUUUCAGACAAACAGAAGAUGGUAAAAGUGAUGGGAUGUCACGCCACGAUUAUGUUAUGUUAUAUAGCUUCUGUCUUGCUAGCAGAUUGGCUCUCAAGUCUUUCUUGCUGGCUUUGAAGAAGAAAUCUGCCAUGAAUACUAUAGCUACAAGAAACUGGAUGCUUCCAAGAGCACACCGAAGGGGAUGUGGAUCCUUUUCUAGCUGAGCAUCUAUGUGAGGACCCAGCCCUACACAAACCUUGAUUGCAGCCCCGUGAGAACCUAAGUAAAGGACUAGCUAGCUGUUCCUGGAUUUCUGGCUCACAGACCUAUGAGAUAAUCAAUGUGUGUGACAUUUUUUUGUGCAGCACAGAAAACCAAUACAAACAAUUCUUAAUAAGUUAAUACACAUUUGACCAUAUAAUCCAACCAUUCCACUCCUAGAAAUUUACUCAAGAGACUAGGAAAUAUGUGUCCAAAAAAUUCUUGUACACUAGUGUUCAUAACAGCUUUAAUAGUCCAAAAAUGAAAACAAUCCAAAUGUCCAUUAGCAGAUAAAUGGAUAAACAAAUUGUAGAACAAUGGAAUACUACUCGGCAGUAAAAAGAAUAAAUUAUUGACACACAGUGACAUGGAUGAAUCUCGGAAUGAUCACACUGAGUGAAAGAAGCUGACUACAUGAUUCCAUUUAAGCAGAUAAACUGUCACUUGGGGAUAGUGGGUUGGGCUGCGGCAGGAGAGAGGGAUUACAAAAUCAUGAACCUUUAGGGGUAAUGGAUUUGUUCACCAUAUUGACUGUCUCAUGGUUCCAUGGCUGCAUACAUAAGCUCACCAAGUUAUACACUUGAAAUAUGCAUGGUUUGUUGUAUAUCAGUUAUUCUUCA